AUGAAAGCAACGUUGCUUGGCACAACAAGCAUAACACCUCUGACGAGGAAUGCCUCUCGAGUUUUAUUCCAUCAUCAUCACCAACAAACCACUACUUCAUCAUGUCUAUUUUAUUCUAAAAGUUUGAUGAAUUUAGCACCAACAUCUAAAAAUACGGCUGCAACUCCAGCUGCUUUGAGUCAAACACGUAUGGAAUGGAAGCAAGGAAUAUUAUCGGACGGCACCGUUUUCUACAAACAUCCUACAUGGGAGGAAUUGGUUGCUGAAAAACAAAGAAGAAUUGAAAUGACAAAGAAUAAUUCCAUUCAAGGAACACUCACAGCAGAGCAAAUUCAAGUAGCUAGACAUUUGCACGAGCAAGACCCAGAGAAAUAUACAUCAGCAGCAUUGGCUGCCAUGUUCCGUGUUAAACCAAUCUAUGUAGCACAAGUAAUUGACAGAAUGGCAGUACAAAGCGAUAGAGUGAGAUGGAAGGCUAAGAAGGACAUUUAUUUGCUUAGGAAACAAAAUAGAAAUAGACCAAGAAAAGGUACUAAGGAGUAUCAUGACAAGUACUGA